AAAUAAAAGCCAAGUAGAAGUUGUCAAACAGAAUAGCCUAAGGGACUUUGUUUACAACUUGGCUUAUGUUUAAAAUAUUUUGGCUCAUUGUGUAGCAGUCCAGAAUGACAGAAAAAAGCCUGAUCUUUGGUGUUUUAUUGUUCCUGAAACUACAAGUGUGCUGUUGUUUUUAUACCCAACAUACCUUACCGGAUAUUGAAAAUGCACAAUUUAUGGAAGAAUGUGUCAGAAUGCAUAAUAGAUUCCGAUCCAGUGUGGACCCACCGGCUAGCAACAUGAAACGGAUGAGCUGGGACCAUGAUCUUGCAAAGACUGCUCUUGGCUGGGCAAAGAUGUGCGAAUUUAAUCAUAAUCCUGAUCUCCAAUCACCGAGGAAGGCCCACCCAAACUUCACAGUAAUUGGAGAAAAUAUUUGGACUGGAACCAUUUGGUAUUUUAAUGUGACUUUAGCCCUCACUACUUGGUACAAUGAAGUCCAACAUUACAAUUAUGCUACUCAGAGUUGUAAACGUGUAUGUGGGCAUUAUACUCAGAUGGUUUGGGCAGAAACCUACAAAGUUGGCUGUGCUGUUCACUUUUGUCCUAUAGUACAAGACUUUGAUGGACCUAAUGCUGCACACUUCAUUUGUGACUAUGGACCCAGUGGGAAUUAUCCAACAUGGCCAUAUAAAUCAGGAGUACCAUGCAGUGAAUGUCACGGAGAACCUUGCUUACACAGACUUUGUGGUGAAGUAUGGGUGGCGCCAUAUUGUGAUAACUACUGCAUCAUCGUUCUAGUCCUGAGAACAUCUUCAUUUUUAAUAACUUUUGUAACUGUCUUUUUUCUGAAGCAACAUUAUCCCAGAAUGUAUAUGUAUAAAUAAACUGGAACAAAAAAUAAGCACUUUUGUAAGGUAUUAAACAAUGAAUUGAUAAAAAUAGUAAGACA